CAGUAGAGGGCGCAAUUAGAUAACUUCCGUAAAACGAAAGCCAGCUGUCAGGAUGGUAGCACGACUGUUUCUGUUGUUUUUAUUUUGUUUUGUCAUAAAUGCAGCGAAUUUGAAGCCUAGAUUUGAGUAUAAAUACAGUUUUAAAGGACCACAUCUAGUGCAAAGUGAUAAUAGCAUCCCUUUCUGGGAAUACGGUGGAGAUGCCAUUGCAAGUGCAGAUAACAUCAGAAUCACACCAUCACUACGUAGCAAGAAAGGAUGGGCAUGGACGAAAAACCCCAUCAUCUUUGACCAGUGGUCAGUUGAGUGUGUAUUUAAAGUGACCGGUAGAGGAAGAAUUGGUGCUGAUGGAUUGGCAGUAUGGUAUACUACACAGAAGAGUCAGGAAGGAACAGUGUAUGGUAGUACAGAUAUGUGGAAUGGACUUGGUGUCUUCAUGGACUCUUUUGACAAUGAUGGACAGCACAACAAUCCUUAUGUUAUGGCUAUGGUAAAUGAUGGAACUAAACAGUAUGAUCAUCAGAGUGAUGGUUCUCAACAACAGAUAGGAGGGUGUAUGAGAGAUUUCAGAAACAAGCCCUACCCUGUCAGAGUUAAAGUGGAAUAUUACAAUAGAAUACUGACAGUUUUCAUCAACACUGGUCUGACUAAUAACAAAGACGAUUUUGAGUUAUGUUUACGUCAAGAGAAUGUUGAUUUACCUAAAGGUGGAUACUUUGGAAUAUCUGCUGCUACAGGUGGACUUGCUGACGACCAUGAUGUGCUUGCAUUCCUAACCCAUUCUCUACAUGAUGGUGAUCAACUGGCAGCAAAGACACAGGUUUCUGAACAAGAAAGACAAAAAUAUGAGAACGAGUUUGAUACCUAUUAUAAAGAAUUAGAAAAAAAUAAACAAGAUUUUAAUGAAGCCCAUCCAGACAAGGUUCAUCAAGAUUAUGAAGGAGAGUUUGAUAAUCAGGGUGAGAGAGAAUUAAGGAUGAUAUUUGAAGGCCAGAAUUCUAUCCACCAUGCUGUUAAAGAACUGAGAAAAACAUUAGAUGAGUUAUUAGGCAGACAGGAAAUGGUUCUGACAAGAGUCAGUCAGUUGUCCACAGGGGGCGCUGUACAAGCCCCACAAGGUGGUGCUCAACAGCAGAUGGGAGGGGGAGGUGUUCCAUUGUUAGAUACUAUAAAGAGGCAUGAAGUAGAUAGAGUUAUGAAUAAUCAAAAUGAAUUAAUGCAGAGUACUCGAGAAAUGAGACAAUUAUUAAACGAUAUACAAAAUAGAGCCAAUGUUAUACAACAGAAUAUGGGUCAGGGAGGAGGAGCUGCAGGUGGGGGCGGAGGUGGUGGCAUCCCACAACAUACACAACAAGCUAUAUCAGAGUUACAGGAACAUAUGAAAUAUGUCAGACAAGAUGUAGUUAAUUUAGUUAAUAGGCCACAGUCAGCUGGAGGUGUCGCCUGUCCUCCACCAUUAGCAGUGUCCUGUAUAACACCAACGUUAUUUUUUGUUUCAAUAAUAGCACAAUUUGUUUUAUUAAUAGCAUAUAUGGUUUAUAGGUCAAAUAAAGAAGCACAAGCAAAGAAAUUUUAUUAAGAAAUAUUGUUAUUUAUAUUGGUAUGAAUGUAUAGAUGGAUGAAAGAAGAUAUGUGAUGAAGUUAAAGAUCAUGACAGAUAUUUUAUGAAGUUCAAGAUCAUUACAGAUAUUUUAUGAAGUUCAAGAUCAUUACAGAUAUUUUAUGAAGUUCAAGAUCACAUUUUUUAAAGUGCUCAGGGUCUCUUAUAUGGGAGCAUUUAUAGAAAUUUACUACUUGACUGAUUAUUUAACCCUUAAUAAAUUAGUUGUUUACCUCAAUUUGAUAAAAUUAAUGAAAUAUUUAGACAAAUAUAUAAUUUUAAAUUCUGUAUAUUAUUUUCAAAAACAUAAAUAAAAGAACAGACAAUGAAUGCACUUUUUGUCAACCUGUAAAUCUUAAGUAGAAUAAGUGAUUUCAAUAUGUUAUUAAUGAUGAUAUGAUAAAUUACAAAUACUAACCAACGAUAUUUGUUAUUUUUGUUCAGGUAAUAAACUUCUUUAUAUGGUUCACAUUUUCAUGUCUCAAGUGAAAUAGUGCUUGAUUUUGCAAGUUAUAGGGUUUUCUAGAUAAGAAAACAUUCACUCAUUUAUAAAACAAAAAAUUUCAAAAACAAAAAUGUUAUACCUUUUGUGAGUAAAAUUUUCUGUUACAUAAAACAUAGGAAAGUGCUCUUGAGGCCUAUUUGAUGCGAUAAAAAACUAUUAUUUAUGACAAAAUGUACAUUCAAUUUUAAGCUUACUCACACUGCAUUAUACAAAUAUUCCUUGAAUUACCUGUAAAAAAGGGACUUUAACAUUUAUCUUCCAAUUUGAAUUGUUAUGGUAUUUCCUGGUAAACUUGGAAUGAAAAUAACAUUUUAAAGAAAAUUCUACAGCAAAAUCUUUAGAUAGUGUCCCUUUCAAACAAAAAAUCACAAUGAUGAUUAAAAAACCCAUAGGACACUCAAUAUUAUAAAUCUUAGUAAAUUUUAGAAAAAAAAGAAAAUCAUCUUAAAAUCAUUUAAUAGGUUUUACCAAAAUAUGCAGGAGCAAACUAAAUUUUUAGAUGUUUUAAAUCAUUAAACAAAUUUGCAAUGAACUGAUAUUAUUAAUAUUAGCAUUUAAUACAGUAGUAUAGAAAUUAAACUGAUUUUUUGUAAGUUUAUAUAUUGGAGAGUCACAAAUCAAAAACUAAUUAUAUAUAUAUUGUUAAUUCAAGAAACACUUAAGGCUGCAUCAAAUUGUUUGAAAUUUAAUUUUAUUAAAAAGAAUUUAUUCAGGUCUGAAUUUUAAAUAGAAAAUUACAAAUAAAGAAAAUAUUUGUCCAGCAUUAGCUGAUAUUUUAACUUUUACAAAGUUGCCCCCCCCCCCCAAAAAAAAGAAUAAAAAUUUAAAUAAAAAAGAUUAAAAUUAUAUUUAGAAAAGUUAGAAAACAAUAAAGAAUUGCUUUUUCUGCUCGUAUUGAAAAGUUCAGUUUUGUUAACAAUUGAAAUCAAAUUGAUGUAGCCUAAUAAUGAUCAUGUCACAAAUAGAAAAAUAAAAAUAUACCCUGUAGAUUUUUUAAGCCUAUCAUUUUAUGAUUGUUGAUGUUUUCUUAAAGACUUGUUGUUGUUAACGAUUUUUGUUGUCAAGAACAUGGUGCUAAUCACUGUACAGAAUGUGCUUGAGUAGAACUAUAAAUUGUUUACAGCAAAUUAGAAUAGAUGUAGAUUUACUUAUACAUGUAUCUUGAUUCAAGAUCAGCAUUAUGUUUUAAAUAGUCUUAUAAAAAUACAGUGUCCAAUCUAUGCUCACAAGGAUCUGUAAACACUCUGCUUUCUGUUUUAAGGACCUCAUUGAAAUUUGAAAGCUGAAAUUUUAUUGGCUGAUGUAAUUCAUUCUAGGAACUGAAACUAGAACGAAGUGUUGUCAGAUCUUUGUAAGCUAAGCUUGGACACCAGAUGGAUAUUUUAAUCAGAUAUGUUUUUUCUUCAAGUUAAUACAGAGUGCAAAAUCAUUGUCACAUCAUAGCUAUUUACUUUUUUGCAAUGAAAUUACAUUUUGAAUCUAUAUUGCAUGACUGUGUAUGUUACACAUGAUGUGUUUAAGUUUUGAAACUUUUUGUGUGAUGUAAAGUAAAAAAAGUGUGUAAUUGCAUAUCAGGGUCUAUCUUAAGACCCUAUGAUACAAAUUACCUCUUAAUUGUUAGUCAUUCCUAAUGAAAGAAUUAAAAAUUGAAAUAAUUUGCAAAGCUUAUAAAUUUUACAUCUGUUAAGAUGAGUUUAGAUAUGGAAUAAAAAAAUUGGAAACAAAGUAGAAAAUUUAGUUGUCUCCAAUAUCGACUAUUUCAAUAUUUAUUUUAUUUGCUUGAAAUAUGAUUUCAAGUGUCUUAUUUUUAACUUCCUUAUCAUUACAUUGUUCAGUUCUAUAUCUAAUUUGGUGCAAUAUAUUUCUGUCAGUGCUUCUCGCAAUUGAAACAGAAUUUUUAUUUCCAGAGUUGUCUUCCCUUGUUUAACAAAUUGGUGCAAUCUACUAUAAAGCAUUUUAGAUUUUAGUCGGGUUAUUAAUUUUGUUCUUUUUCAAAUUUCGUUUUAUUUUUUCUCGGGUUCUUAAGGUAGCACCCAACACCUUGAUUUAUAUUAAUUAGGCUCGUUUAUUUUUCUAAACUUUUUGGCAAAAUGUUAACUUUGACUCUUUGACGAAAAUAUGAAAUAUAAAAAUUUCAAAAAUUUUAAGCAACCACUUGAUAAAAAAAAAUCAUUGGUUUUAUGGCAGUUUUACAAACGAUAAUUUUGAUAAUUGAGAAGCUUAAAAUUUCCUCAACAAUAGAAUAUGACGUUAAGCUGAUUUUCACAGUGCUAUCUCCCUGUUGUGAUAGGUACCACCUUAACUGGUAUUUUGUAUAUGUUAAAAUUUAUAAAAAUAUUAUACUUGUAACCAUAGUAGCAGUUAUCUCAGUGAGAUAAAUCUAGUUGAUCUGAAUAAAAUUAGAAAUCUCUAUGUAGACGUAGUAAUAAAUAUGAUAUAGAAUUCUGAGGAUAAAAUUAUUUUACAUGAUAUUUUCAAAUCCUCAGGACCAACCAAUUAUUGAAAAUUGAUAAACUCAAAAUACCCCACCUUCAUUGCCAAAAUUAGAUAAAUUUAGUGUAAUAGUCCUACAAAUGUAAAAUUAAACCAUUUGCUAGUUUUUGUAUUAGUUUAGAAUGAAUGGUCAUAAAUUAUAAGUUUCUAAUAACAACCCAUGCAAUUAGUGACAGAAUCUUCCAAAGUUGAUUUCUGGAUAUGUGAUGAGGGUUACCACCAAAAUAAAUAAUAUUAUGUCUAAAAAGGGUUGAAACAAUAUUAAGUUAUAGAAAAUAAUAAUGCAUACUUGCAUAGAAAAGAUGAAUUUUUCAUCCUGUUAUUAUUGAAAUCUAUUGAUCAAAACAGUUGGCUUAAAAUGUUUGUUUUAUAAUUCAAUAAAGUCAUGUGACAAUAUUUCAAUGUGCAUAUUGAUGCAGUUACAAGUACUGCAAACUAUAACUAAAUAAAGAGCAAAACUAGUAAAACUAUAUAAUAUAAAUGAAAUAACAGUUAUUUAAACAUCAAGUUUGAUAUAUUGUCAGCAUGCAAGUUUUAUAAAGCUAAAGUGUUAAUAUUUAAUGCAUGUUGAUAUGAGCUGCGUAGGACAGAAAUCUACCUUAUGCAAAUGCACGAAUGCAUGUACACAUAUACGAAUAAUUGAUUUUGUAGAUUUUCUUACGACAUAUAAUUUUUUUUAUCAAUAACAGACUUACAACAAAUAUUUUUCAACUCGAAAAAGAUUUAAUUUUCAUUUGCAUCAAUUCAAUUUCUAUCCGACGCAGCCCAUAUAUUAUAUAAAUUUUAUUCCAUGUUGUAAACAUUCCAUUUUACAUGUAUUUUAUCAUGAAUGAGAGAUGGUGAGACACAAAGGUAAAUGGCAAGUGAGAUAUAUAAUUGUAUGGAUUUAUAUUUUUUAUUAAGAUUUAUCAAAUAAAUUUGUUUUGCUGUAUUGGUUAAACCAGAUUCUCAUAAACUGUGCUUUUUUUCCAAAUUUCUUAUUUUUUUGCAAUUUUUCCCCACUACACUCACUUUUCCCCAUACUGUACUGUUUUCGUCUACCAUUCCCCACUUCCUAAAAGCUUGUCAACCCUCUGGAAAUAACUUUUAAACAUCAAUAAUCUAUUAAUCAAUUUGUGUAAAUAAUUAAAUAGUUAGAAACUUGGCUUUCUAACAAGAAAGACAAAAUGUUAAAUAAGAAUUUUCUAUUACUUUAACAUUGGAGUGAAGUUAUUUAACAAAAUUUGAUCUUAAAACUUUUCAGUAUGCAUGUUUCCCCACUUGGUUCUUAUUUAGAGUUCAAUUGAAAUAUUUAAUUGUGAGUAAUCUUGAGGCAAAAGAAAAUGGUUCUUGUGUCAUUAAUGUAAUUUUACUUAUUGUUUUGUCCAGUUAUAUUUUGUAAAAUAAUUCACAACCAAAGUUAUACAUGUGUUACCCAAUUUUUUCUUGCAAGCAGUCAAUUGUAUUUUUUCUUUUCAUUUAGAGCAAUUUUUAAUUUGUUACAUCAAACUUAUUUAGAUUUGCUAAUAAAAAUCAGCUGUAAAAUAACAAGAAAAGAGCAUUUUUUAUACAACUGAUUAUAUUGACAUUAUAAUGCAAAUUGUAAGACAGUGUUGGUAAAAUAUAACUUGCAAGAAUAUUUGUUAGCACUUGUUUAAUUUUGGUUGUAAUUGUUAUGUUGUGAAUUAACUGGAAUAUUAUUAAUUAUUCGUUGUUUGGAUGUAUGACUGGUUAAUACGUUUUAUUAUUAUUAUGUAUGAUUGUAAAUGUAUGCCAAAAACAGUUAUUUCAGAUCUGGGUCAACUAAGCAUUUAUUUCUUUACCAAAAUUACUCAUUUUUUUCCUCUUACAAAAUUUACACUUUAAUAGCAUUUUUUUUGGUUGGAAAAAUGUGUAUGAAUGAUUUUAAAAUUGCAGAUUUAUUCUUAAGAUUUUUUAUACACACCUAUAUUGUAUUCAGCAACAAGUUGAACCAAAUUUUCAAUGAUAAUAAAUCAGUAUUACAUUUUUAUAAAAUCUGUUAAUUCAGAAAUUGAGGCAUGAACUUGAACUGAUUAUAAAACAUGUGUACUUUAGUAAUAAUGGUGAGUCAUUAUGUACCCCUGCAAAAAAGAUAACCAUCAAAUUUUAAUUUUGCAAAAUAAAUUGAAUUGUAAACAAAUUAUUGUGAAUAAAAGAAUUGCUGCAUCCAAGUAAAGUUAUAAAAUUGAAAAUGCAAAGUUUUAUUUUUGCAAUUGAACUCCUGUUGCAAUUUUUAGCAAUAUUAAAAACAUUAUAAAAAUUCUGAAUUUACAAUAAAAGAAAGAAAGAAGAUUUUUUUUUCUUGUAAAUUGAAAAGUUUAAUGCCAAACUGUAAGAUAUUAUAAAAAAAGCAUUUAUUUCAUUUCAAUAACAAAAAUAUGCAUGUUAUCCCUUUCUUUUUAAUUUAUGUCCUUUAGUAUAAAUGGCAAGUCAUGUAUACCUCUACCAAAACGUUAACCAACUAAUUAUAAAUUAGCAAAAAUAUUUAUUUACCCUUUAUAUAUUGUCAAAAAUAAGAACAUUAAUUAUUCAAAGAGAAAUGACAAAUUGAAUUUAUUUUUUCAACUACAGCAACCUCAAUAUGUUGUUAAUCUUAUUAUGAGAACAUGUUUGUAUGAAAUGACAGCAAUCUUCAACUACAUUUCUGCCAUGACUUUGUAUUUUCUAGUCAUUCCUUCUGUUGAGUAUUUGGUGUCUGGUACAUUAAAUUUCAUUAUCAGGAA